GUGGGCGCGAGCACGGAGGCGCCUGUGUGCGUGGCGGGGGCCCGGGCCACCCGCCCUCCCGCACCGGGUGAAGGCGUGCCCGGCGCCUUUCUCCACCCACCUCCUUCACCCCACAGCCUCUGAGGAGCGCUCCUCCGGCUCCGGCUUCGCAGCUCAGGGCGCCACUGUUGGGGGCUCCUGGAAGAUUAGGGCUCUUUGAAGACAGAAGCUUCCUGCGGUACCGAGCCCGGAGUCCCCAUGGCCUCGCUGAGCAGAGCCCUGCGUGUGGCCUCCACACGCCCUCGCCUGAGCUGGACCCGGGGCCCGGUGCUGCGCAACCUGAGCGGCCAAGCCGGCCCCACCACCGAGAAGAGCGUGCCAUACCAGCGGACCCUGAAAGAUACGCAGAGCCCCUCGGCGGUGGCCCAGGGCCCAAGCCGGCCCCUGCCCAGCACGGCCAGCGUGGUGGUCAUCGGCGGGGGCAGCUUGGGCUGCCAGACCCUGUACCACCUGGCCAAGCUGGGCGUGGGUGGGGCGGUGCUGCUGGAGCGGGAGCGGCUCACCUCCGGGACCACCUGGCACACGGCGGGCCUGCUGUGGCAGCUGCGGCCCAGCGACGUGGAGGUGGAGCUGCUGGCCCACACCCGGCGCGUGGUGAGCCGCGACCUGGAGGAGGAGACGGGGCUGCACACCGGCUGGAUCCAGAAUGGGGGCCUGUUCAUAGCGUCCAACCGGCAGCGCCUGGAUGAGUACAAGAGGCUCAUGUCGCUGGGCAAGGCGUAUGGUGUGGAGUCCCACGUGCUGAGCCCGGCAGAGACCAAGGCGCUGUACCCGCUGAUGAACGUAGGCGACCUGUAUGGGACCCUGUAUGUGCCGCACGACGGUACGAUGGACCCCGCCGGCAUGUGCACCGCCCUCACCAGGGCUGCCACCGCCCGGGGAGCACAGGUCAUCGAGAACUGCCCUGUGACCGGCAUCCGCGUGCGGACUGAUGACUUUGGGGUGCGGCGGGUUGCAGCAGUGGAGACAGAGCAUGGCUCCAUCCAGACGCCCUGUGUGGUCAAUUGUGCAGGAGUGUGGGCAAGCUCUGUGGGCCGGAUGGCCGGAGUCAAGGUCCCGCUGGUGGCCAUGCACCACGCCUACGUUGUCACUGAGCGCAUUGAGGGGAUCCAGAACAUGCCCAAUGUCCGCGACCACGACGCCUCGGUCUACCUCCGCCUCCAAGGGGAUGCCUUGUCUGUGGGCGGCUACGAGGCCAACCCCAUCUUCUGGGAGGAGGUGUCAGACAAGUUUGCCUUUGGCCUCUUUGACCUGGACUGGGAAGUGUUCACCCAGCACAUCGAAGGCGCCAUCAACCGCGUGCCCGUGCUGGAGAAGACGGGGGUCAAGUCCACAGUCUGUGGCCCGGAGUCCUUCACACCGGACCACAAGCCCCUGAUGGGGGAGGCACCUGAACUCCGAGGGUUCUUCCUGGGCUGUGGGUUCAACAGUGCAGGCAUGAUGCUGGGUGGCGGCUGUGGGCAGGAGCUGGCCCACUGGAUCAUCCACGGGCGCCCGGAGAAGGACAUGUACAGCUAUGACAUCAGGCGCUUCCAUCCCUUGCUCACCGACCACCGCCGCUGGGUCCGCGAGCGCAGCCACGAGUCCUACGCCAAGAACUACUCGGUGGUCUUCCCCCACGACGAGCCCCUGGCGGGGCGCAACAUGAGGAAAGACGCCCUGCACGAGGAGCUGCUGGCCCGAGGCUGCGUGUUCCAGGAGCGACAGGGCUGGGAGCGGCCCGGAUGGUUCACCCCGAAAGGCACAGCUCCAGUCCUGAAGUACGACUACUACGGUGCCUAUGGGAACCAGGCGCACGGCGACCACGCCUACGGCCGGCUGCUGGGGGACGAGUACACGUUCGACUUCCCGCCCCACCUCGACGUGAUCAAGAAGGAGUGUCUGGCCUGCAGAGGGGCCGCUGCCGUGUUCAACAUGUCCUACUUUGGAAAGUUCUACCUGGUGGGUCUGGAUGCGAGGAAGGCUGCCGACUGGCUCUUCUCUGCUGAUGUCAGCCGACCCCCAGGCUCAACCGUGUACACAUGCAUGCUGAACCACAGGGGCGGCACCGAGAGCGACCUGACCGUCAGCCGCCUGGCCCCUACCCCCCAGGCCUCGGCCCUGGCCCCCGCCUUUGAAGGGGACGGCUACUACCUGGCCGUGGGCGGGGCCGUGGCCCAGCAUAACUGGUGUCACAUCAGCUCGGUGCUGCAGGACCAGAAGUUCCGGUGCCAGCUCAUCGACAGCUCCGAGGACCUGGGCAUGAUCAGCAUCCAGGGCCCCGCCAGCCGUGCCAUUCUCCAGGAGGUGCUCGACGCAGACCUGAGCGAUGAGGCCUUCCCUUUCUCCACCCACCAGCUGGUGAGAGCCGCUGGGCACCUGGUGCGGGCCAUGAGGCUCUCCUUCGUGGGGGAACUGGGCUGGGAGCUGCAUGUGCCCAGGCUGGCCUGCGUGCCCGUGUACCAGGCUGUGAUGGCUGCGGGCACCAAGCACGGCCUCGUCAACGCCGGGUACCGGGCCAUCGACUCCCUGAGCAUCGAGAAAGGCUACCGGCACUGGCACGCCGACCUGCGCCCAGACGACAGUCCCCUGGAAGCGGGCUUGGCCUUCACCUGCAAGCUCAAGUCUGCCGUCCCCUUCCUGGGGCGCGAGGCCCUGGAGAAGCAGCGGGCCGAGGGCCUCCGCCGGCGUCUGGUGUGCUUCACGGUGGAUGAAAAAGUGCCCAUGUUCGGCCUGGAGGCCAUCUGGAGAAACGGCCAAGUGGUCGGCCACAUCCGGAGGGCUGACUUCGGCUUCGCCAUUGACAAGACCAUAGCCUACGGCUACAUCCGGGACCCGAGCGGCCAGUCGGUCUCGCUGGACUUCGUGCAGAGUGGGGACUACGCUCUGGAGCGCAUGGGCGUGGCGCACCCUGCCCGGGCUCAUCUGAAGUCUCCCUUCGACCCUGACAACAGGAGGGUGAAGGGAAUCUAUUGAUACCCCCGCGGGACAGAGCUUCGGUGCGUCAGGAGGCCAGCGGCUGCUCCGUCCCUCGCUGACCAUCCCCACGGGGCCCGCCGCCCUGGCCCAGGACCCGGACCCCAGCCAGAUCGGGGUCCUCCCCGCCCCCACAGUGCAGCUCUGCUACCCCCCAAAACAGACACUAACGGCCCCAGAGGGCCCGUCCACCCCUACCCCCCAAAACAAACCUGCAAGUUCUCGGGCUCAGGGAGCAUAACAUGUGGCCCUCUAGAAGCUUCCGAGAAGGUGCGUCGUUAACCCCUAGUAAGCCCAGUAUAAAAGCAGGGAGGCAAAGAGAUCCGCCGGGUUCCCCAGGCCUGAUGACCAGAGGACUGUCCAGAGCAGAGCACCGCUGGGAGAAUUCCGGGUGCAUCCAGAAUUAGGGGCAGAGUGAGGACUGAUUAGCACUGUCUGCCUCGGGCACGGUAGCAAAGGCCCAGAGCAGGGGUGCCAGCUUGGCUCCAUCCCUGCAGUCAAAUCAGGCCGGCCAGGCCCUUGGGCACGAUGGUCCAUUUCCCAGAGGUUGGCAGAGGAGGGAAUCUAGGAAGCAAGCUCUUCCUGCCUUAACCUGUUUUUCACGCGGGAAAGCGUUCUGGGCCCUCCCAGCUCUUGAAAGAAGUGAGCAGAAGCAGGGGCUGGGAGGGGUGGGUCUCACACCGGUGCCCUCCCUCACCCAUGCAGAAGCCCCACCUUCUGCCUCGAUUUCCCCAAGAGCACAUCGUCCUCUAGGUCUGUGAAGGAGCGGCGUGCUGCCGGAUGAGAACCUGACAGACCCCUCCUGCCUGUGGCCUGUGGCCUUACUUUUUGAUUGGGAUGUUCCCUCCUAUCUCUCCACUGGUGGCCCCAGAGAAGGACCUUGCACAGGGGCUUAAAAGGGGUGACUCCCCUGUACCCCGUCUCUGGGCCUUCAGAACUCUCUAGCAUCUGCCUGUGUGGCCCUCCUCCCUGCCUCCCUGGCCCGGAUGAGGGUCUGUCCCACCCCGUGCCCCUGUGCCAGGACCCCCAUCACCUCUCUAGCUGCCCCCAAGAUUCCGACGCCCACCAGGCAGCCCGGGGCUGCACAGGAGGCCUUGCCCAGGCGUGCCUGGCUCUGGGGAGCAGAAGGUGACAGAUGUGCAGGGGACACGGAGGGCGCGGCUCCCACAGACGCUCGCAGGAAACCACACGGUGACUGGGGCCGGGGCAGUCCCGGGCGGGCCCUGGCUGCUGCACAGGUCAGGUCAAUAAAGCCGAAGCUUUAUUGGGAAGACG